GUUAAAAAUGAAAUUAAUCGAGUUGCUGACGAUCAGCUUGUGUUGGUCCGUCGUAGCGAGUGUGAAGAUGACGUAUGUUACUUAUGAAAGUCCAGAGCGGUGUAUUUCUCAAUGCAUGAAUGGUAUUUGCAUCAUGGGAUCGGACAACACGACCUUUUGCAACUGUAUAAAUGGUUACCAUGGCAAAAACUGUCAAGAGCAUCCCUGUGAUCAGAAUCCCUGCAAGCAUGGUGGAAAAUGCAUCCCAGAAAGCAUUGAUGCACGUUACUCAAAAAGUGCUUUGCUACGAAUGAAAUCAAUGCCCAGUCUGAUGUAUCAGUUGAUGUCGUCAAAAUAUGCUAACAAUGUUGUUCUCGGCUACCGUUGCGAUUGUCCCAAUGGAUUUCCUGGCGAACAUUGCGAACGUCGGGCGGUAUGUGCAGGAAAUACUAUAGAAACACCGUUUGAUACUGAUGUGGUUACAUGCGCUGGUGUGGGAAAGUGCAUAAAUGAUGGUGGUUCUAUCUCGUGCAAGUGUGAGCACGGUCAUGAAGGCAUCCGUUGUCGAACAUACACGCCGUGUGUACCGAAUCCGUGUGCUAAUGGAUUUCCUUGCUUACCCUUAUAUGGGCCUGCUUCUCGAUUCACCUCCAAUUUCUCAUGCGCGUGUCAAGGAUCUGAUAAAUUCUGUCGAAAAUAUGAUUUGAACGAAUGUUUAGUUGGCGCCAAAUGCCAUAAAAGUGCUACGUGUCGGAAUACUAUUGGUUCAUAUAAGUGUAGGUGUAAAGCUGGAUAUAUCGGAGACGGUAAGACGUGUAUAUCACGAGAUCCAUGCAAAGAUGGUACCGCAAGAUGUGAUAAAAAUGCUGAAUGUACGAACUUGCCAGGCGAAGAUUUUAUGUGUAAAUGUAACAGCGGCUUUAAAGGUAAUGGCUUCAAUUGUCAAGAUAUAAACGAAUGCUCUGCAGAUUUGAAUAUUUGUGAUGAGAAUGCUCUGUGUGAAAACACACCAGGUUCCUUUAAAUGUAAGUGUAAAAGUGGUUAUAUUGGCAAUGGUCAAACAUGCGAAGUAUUAAAUGCUUGUUCUGCAAGAGGAAUUAAGUGUGAUAGGAGCGCUAAUUGUAACGAAAAUGGAAACACACCGACAUGUGAAUGUAAAAGUGGUUACCGUGGCAACGGUUUCAAGUGUACUGAUAUCAACGAAUGCAUAGCAGGGCAUGCGUGCCAUAGCAAUGCCAAUUGCGAAAAUACUAUUGGCUCGCACACCUGCAAGUGUAAACCGGGAUUUACAGGCAAUGGACUACAUUGUGAAGAUGUAAACGAAUGUCAAAACAACGCAAAUAAAUGCCACAGAAACGCAGACUGCAUAAACAAUGUUGGUGCAUACUCGUGCAGAUGUAAAAGAGGAUAUUUCGGAAGCGGAUACAAUUGUAUUUAUACGCGGGAUUGCAGCCGAGCUCAGUGUCCGACAGUGAGCGCUAUGUGUUCACAACAAGACGGAAAAGAGAGAUGCAGAUGCGAACCGGGGUAUGAUUUGCAUGGGUAUAGGUGCACAGAUGUGAAUGAAUGUGAGAGAGGCACGCAUAAAUGUCACGCACACGCAAGUUGUAGCAACACGAUUGGUUCUUAUACCUGUCGCUGUCACUCAGGAUGGACCGGUGAUGGAGUGUCAUGUCUCGACAUUAACGAGUGCAAACAGUUGUCAUAUAGAUGCCACCAUAAUGCAGAUUGUGUAAACUCGAAUGGUUCGUAUAAAUGUCGGUGUGACCGCGGUUAUCGUGGGAAUGGUUUCUAUUGUCUUGAUAUCGACGAGUGUCGAACAGGUGUGGCUAGGUGUCCACGUAACAGCGUCUGUGUAAACUUAAGAGGAACAUACAAGUGCACAUGCGGUAAUGGGUAUGACCGACAUGGAUCGGAAUGUGUUGAUUUGAAUGAAUGUGCGCGAAGGACGGACAACUGCGAUAAAAAUGCUGACUGCUUAAAUACAGUUGGUUCGUACCAAUGUAAAUGCCGCGAAGGAUUCAAAGGUGACGGUACAUCGUGUAACGAUGUCAACGAAUGUCAAGAUGGUAGCCAUAGAUGCCAUAAAAACGGUAUUUGUAGAAACAAACUUGGCUCUUAUUCGUGCUCUUGUAAGCCUGGUUACGACGGAGAUGGUUUCUAUUGCACCGAUAUAAACGAAUGCUCAAGAGGUACGCAUGCGUGCAACAAGCUCACAACAAACUGCGUGAAUUUCGACGGCGGAUACACCUGCAGGAAAAAUGAAGACAGAAACUUUGCUCUUCACUUUGCUGACCGUACUAUCACACGUGACACGCCAAUUAUUUAUAACGUCAAAAACAAACAAACGCGAAAUGUAGCAAUGUGUGCAUGGUACAAGCUCUCCAGGUACCCUCAGCCUUAUGAACGAAGUUUAUUUCAAUAUGUUAUUGAACAGAGAGUUGAAGGCUUUCAAGUCAUACUUCAUUCAAGCCCGGAAGAAAAACUCGAAGUGCAUUUUGGGGGAGAAUCUCCGUUAUUCAUUCCAUUUCCCGUCAAAUCCUAUAAAUGGACUCACUUGUGCGUUGUCUGGAAAGCUGGUAAACUUCGUGUGUGGAGGAAUGGAAAACCACACAACAAUGGCCGCACGUACGAUACUUAUUUUUUAAAAGAAGGUAUCUUUCCGAUCAGUAACACUGGAAAGCUGAUCCUUGGUCAGGAUUCGCAUGACUUUAUGGUUCCUUACGGUAUCAAUGAUCCUUCGCGUGCCUUCCAAGGUCUCAUUACGCACUUCAUGUUGUGGCAACGUGCUUUGAGUAAGAAAGACAUCGAAGAUGCUUACAACAAGGUACCGCCAACUGAUGACGUUAUAAUGGAUUGGAAAGACUGGAAGACAAGAGCCCGAGGACGAACUGUCAGAGUUGUUCGCUUGACUACUAAUGAAUUGAAGGAAUGUGAUGUUACUUCUCAUGACUGCCACAAAAAUGCAGUGUGUGUGACCACAGCAGCUGCGUAUUCAUGUGUAUGCAAGGGCGGCUUUAUUGGAAAUGGACGAACGUGUCAGGACAUAAACGAGUGCGAAACUAAAUCACACAAAUGUGGGCGAGAUGCAGUAUGUGAGAACCAACCAGGGAGUUACACAUGCAGAUGUAAAAAAGGAUAUAACGGGAAUGGCCUCACGUGUGUGGAUAUAAAUGAGUGCAAAGAGAAAUCACAAGCAUGUCACAAAAACGCCAACUGCGUUAAUAAUAUCGGUUCGUUUAGUUGCGAAUGUAAGAAUGGAUAUGUUGGAAAUGGUCAUACAUGCAAAGAUAAAAACGAAUGUGUUGAUGGUUCGAGCAAAUGCGACAAGAACGCAGAGUGCAUCAAUAUAGUUGGUUCUUAUCGAUGUAAGUGCAAUCAAGGAUAUUCUGGUACUGGUGUUACGUGUGGAAAAGAACUCGAUAACUGUAAAGAAGUGAAGUGUCAUCGUUUCGCUUCGUGUGUCAAAUCAAACGGUUUAUAUUCUUGCAAAUGUAACACAGGAUUUAUUGGAAAUGGCUUGCUUUGUGAAGAUAUCAACGAAUGCAUAUCGAAAGAAAAUAAUUGUAGCAAAAAUGCAAGAUGUGUUAACGAUGUAGGGACAUACAUGUGUGAAUGCAAGCUAGGUUUUAUAGGAAAUGGAUAUGUGUGUAAUGAUGUAAACGAGUGUGGCCAAGGAAAACAUCUUUGCGAUAAACAGAACGCUAAAUGCACGAAUUUAAUUGGUUCAUAUUCAUGUCAAUGUAACAAAGGCUACUCAGGAGAUGGUUACACGUGCGCGGAUGUAAACGAAUGUCUGCUCGGAAGUAAUCGAUGCGACUCGAAGACAUCGAUAUGCGUUAAUAAUGUUGGCUCUUAUUCGUGCAACUGUAAGCGAGGUUACACUGGGAACGGUUAUUAUUGUGCUGACAUAAACGAAUGCAAAGAAAAUAUAAACAGUUGCAAUCGCAACGCCAAGUGUGUGAACACUAUAGGCUCGUUUACCUGCAGAUGCAAAGAAGGUUAUCGAGGCAAUGGAGUAUCGUGCGCCGAUAUCAACGAGUGUAAUCAAAGAAGUGAUAUUUGUAAUGUCAAUGCUGUAUGUAGAAAUAUACAAGGUUCGUAUGCUUGUACAUGUAAACGAGGCUACGUAGGAGAUGGACGAACUUGCCAAGAUGUGGAUGAAUGUAAGCAAAAAACUGAUCACUGUAGAAGGAUGAGAAAAAGGUGUGUUAACAUUGUGGGUAGUUACACAUGCCAAGAUCAAAGAGAUAUGACGUACUCUAUUUACUUUAACAAGCGUACCCGAACAAGAGACACGCCCAUAUUAUUUAACGUUAAGAACAAACGGACAAAUGGUAUUUCCAUGUGUACUUGGUAUAAACUCUCACAAGCGCCCUCUCCGUUUUCAAGAAGUUUGUUUCAAUACGUCACUGAACAACGUGUGGAAGGAUUUCAAGUUUGGUUGCAUGCUUUUCCGUUCGAGAAGUUGGAAAUACAAUUUGGCGGGAAAUAUUCUAUAUUUAUUAAUGGCUAUCAAACGAAAGAUUUAAGUUGGACACAUCUCUGUGUGGUUUGGAACAAAGGUUUAUUCACAAUUUGGAGAAAUGGUCAACAGUUUAAUGCUAAUAGGUCUUACUACUCAUAUUUUCUCUUUAAAAUUUACUUUCCUGCAAACAACAAUGGAAAAGUUAUUCUCGGUCAAGACACAGACGAUAGAAGUGUACCAUUUGGUAUCACAGAUGAAUACAAAGCCUUCCAAGGAUGGAUCACUCACUUCAUGUUGUAUGAACGAGCUUUAAAUAAAACAGAUAUCCAUGCUUCAUACAACAGAAGUCCAUCAAUGGACGAUGUUAUCAUAAGCUGGCAUCAAUGGAAAUCCAAUGUUAGAGGAAGAACUAUUAGUACUGUCCGCCUUUACGAACAUCAACUCCCGAAGCAAAUUAAGCAGUCAAGCUUAGAGAGUGCGUAACUAUAAAUAUGGCGGAAACACAAGUCUCACUCUCCCCUUAGUUUGCGAGAAUAUAAAGAGUUCCAAAGUUCGAAAUAUAAAGAACUAGCAAGACGGAGAGUUGAAUCAGGCAUCGAAUCCAGACUUUUUUAGAUAAAAUUUUAUAAACAAACAAAACAUUGACAAUCUCGUUUCCAGAGCUUCUUUUCACAGUUCUAGCCGUACAUCCGAAAGCCAAAAAGAAGCCCCUAGGAACGAUAUUCAAUACAUUGAUUUAUUUAUUUUUGUAUGAGCACAUAUAAUAUGGACGUAUAUAUUUAUAACAUAUGUAUAUAUACAUAAUGCAGUUAGAAUGACAUCUGAAAAGUUCUUGGUUGAAUGUGCAUCUUUCCGAAUUUGAAAAC